GUGAGGAAGAAGAACGUGUUGAAGGAUUUUGUGGCUGUGGCCGGGCCGCUGGGGGUCACUCACUUCCUCAUCUUCACCAAAACAUCGACAAGCGUGAACUUUAAAUUGGCUCGAUUGCCCAAAGGCCCCACAGCCUGCUUUAAGGUUCUGCAGUACUCCCUGGUGAAGGAUGUAGUGUCCGCAGUGAAGCGACACCGGAUGCACGAGCAGCAGUUUAAGCAUCACCCGCUGCUCAUCCUCAACAACUUCAGCGGCGACGGCAUCCACGUGCGGCUCCUGGCCUCGCUCUUCCAGAACAUGUUCCCCAGCAUCAACGUCCACAAGGUCGGUCUGAAUGCCAUCAAGCGCUGUGUUUUAAUCAACUAUCACUCGGACACACAACUCAUCGACUUCAGACACUACUCUAUUAAGGUGGUGCCUGUGGGGAUGAGUAAGGGAGUGAAGAAGCUGUUACAGGAGAAGUUCCCCAACAUGAACAGCCUGGAGGACAUCAGUGACCUGCUCGUCAGGGGAGUGAACCUGUCGGAGAGCGAGGCAGAGCAGGACGGGGAUCACAACAUCACUGAACUGCCCCAGGUCUACGCUGGUCGAGGAAACAUGAAAUCCCAGCAGAGCGCCAUCCGCCUGACAGAGAUCGGCCCCCGCCUGACCCUGGAGCUGGUGAAGAUCGAGGAGGGGAUGUGCAGCGGCAACGUCAUGUAUCAUUCCUUCGUGAACAAGACGGAGGAGGAGUUGGCCGGAAUGCUGAGGUGUAAGGAGAAGCGGUUGAAGCUGAAGCUGGAACGUCGCAGGAAACAGGAAGAGAAUGUACAGCGCAAGAAGGUGGAGAAAGAGCAGCAAAGGAAUCAGAGCCUGGCGGGGAUGAAGCGGAAGCGAGUGAGUGAGGAGGGGGACAGCGGGGCCGAGGACCCGGGGGAGGGGGAGGGGGAGCGGCCCCCACAAGAGGAGAACGAGGAGGAUUCCGACGUAGAGUAUUACAGACAGGAAGUGGGAGUGCAGCCCGACCCAGACCUGUUCCCGGCAGCUUCACGCAGGAGGCGGAAUUCCGGAGCCUGGCAGCCGGUCGGGAAGCGCCCGGGGGGCACGGGAAGGGGUAGGGGGGAGUCCGGGAAAAGGGGUCUUGGCUCUGCCAGGGGGAAAGCUCCCCGGGGGGCCCUCUCGGGGGCUCGGCCCGGGUUCGGGGGCCGGGGGCACAUGGGGUCCCGAGGACACAUGGGGUCCCGGGGACACAUGGGGGGCCGGGGGCACAUGGGGUCCCGGGGACACACGGGGGGCCAAGGGCACACGGGGGGGCCGGGGGGGGGGGGCCGGGGGCACAUGGGGGCCGGGGGCACACGGGGGGCCGGGGGCACACGGGGGGCCGGGGGCAUGCGGGGUCCCGAGGACACACGGGGGGCCGGGGCAGGGGGCGGGGAGGGGGCGGAGCCGGUCGCGGGCGUCGAUUCUAAUCGAACACGGAUCAAGGCCCGGGACGUGAGCGGGAGCUGCGGUCGGCACAGGAGGCGAAGCGGAGCCGCCGGCGCCGGAGUUCACGCCGGGAAUCCCCGGCCACUGCGAGACCGUCUCCUGAGGGAGGGGAGGAUGUCGAACGCUAACGGCUCCUCCAACGACUCGUUCGGGGCGGUGCAGAUGGCGGUGCUGCCUCCGCUCCUGGGGGUGGAGUGUGUGCUGGCGCUGGCCGGCAACAGUCUGGCCGUCUGGCUGUUCGUGUGCCGGGUGGCCCGGCCCUGGCACUCGGGCACGGUGCUGGCCUUCAGCCUGGCCCUGAGCGACCUGCUGUACGCCGCCUCGCUGCCCCUGCUAAUCGCCUACUACGCCAGCGGCAAGUCCUGGCGGUUUGGCCAGAGCCUCUGCCGGGCCGAGCGCUUCCUCUUCACCUGCAACCUGUACGGCAGCAUCCUCUUCAUCACCUUCAUCAGCCUGAACCGCUACCUGGGCAUCGUGCGGCCCAUGCUGGCCCGGGCCCACGUGCGGCCCGGCCGGGCCAAGCUGGCCAGCCUGGCGGGCUGGCUGCUGACCGCGGCCAUCACCGGGCCCACCCUCUCCUACUCCCAGCUGGAGGAGCGGCACGGCAAGCUGCAGUGCCUGGGCACCGCCGUGGACGCCCGCCUGGCCGGCUACCUGCACUACAGCCUGUUUCUGGCCGUGUGGAGCUGCGCCCUGCCCUUCUUGGUGACCUUGAGCUGCUACCUGUCGGUGGUGCGGGCGGUCUGGGCCAGCCCCAGCGUGGAGCGGGCCGAGCGCCACCGGGUCCUGGCGCUGGUGCUCGUGGUCCUCUCGCUGUAUGGCGUCUCCUUCCUGCCCUAUACGGUGCUGAGGAAUGUCAACCUGUACCGGAGGCUCCACGGCCUGGACCAGGCGGCCGGGGGCAUCUACAAGGCCUACCAGGUCAGCAAGGGUCUGGUCACCCUCAAUGCCUGCCUCCACCCCCUGCUGUACGCGGCCCUGCCCGAGCAUGCCAAGGCCCUGUGCUGCCCGGGCCGGGGCCAGCAGGACACACCGGCGUACACCGGGGCCACAGAGGUCCAUGUGUGAGCCGCGCCGACACCUGACACGUCGACACCUGAGAUACACGUCACAUCAACACCUGGGACACACGUCACGCCGACACCCGGGACACAUGUCACGCCAACACCCGGGACACACGUCACGCCAACACCUGGGACACACGUCACGCCGACACCUGGGACACACGUCGCGCCGACACCUGGGACACACGUCACACCAACACCUGGGACAUACGUCACGCCAACACCUGGACACGCCGACAUGACACUGAACAUGUCAACGCAGAACACACCAAGGCCACGCGUGUCCCCUGGAGGUUGCUGAUGCCCAGCCCCGAGGGGACGGUGAGCUGAGCUGCCGAGGCUGCUCUCAGCGCCGACAGACGGCGGGACGUUAAAAACGUGGGCGCGAGGCCGAGAACCCGGUCGGGGUUAACACAGGCUGUGGCAGCCAGGGCCGGGGCCAGCGAGGGGUUAAGCUUUCUUAUCUGCAUCAGACUGAGCCGCAGAGACCGGGGUAAACAGGAAAGGGGGCUUUCGAGCCGUUUAAUGUUCCACCAGUCUUUCACAAAAAUAAAACUUAUCUGCAGGUU